GACCGCAUGAAGAAGAAGAAGAAGAAGAGAAAACGCUUUCUACCGUGAAGAUUAGCUAGCUACGGAUUUACAAUCCGCGCUUCGAAGUUAAUAUGGACAGUCGUGGAUUUGGUUUAGGGUUCUCUAGCUGGGGAGAAAGCUCUUCCAGCAGAGGCUCAGGAAGCUACGACCUCUAUGGCUACAAGGACUCCAUGUCAGGUGGAGGUGCUUAUGGCGGAGGAGGGUUCGGCGGCAGCGGUGGUGGGGGGCAGAUGAAGAGUAGUCUGUCGGGGGCACCUCUCCUGUCGGCAACGCGAACGAAUGCGGACGAUGUUAUUGCCAAAAUAAACCAACGGCUCGAUGUGCUGGCGCAGCUUGAGGGGGGUGUGUGUGGAGGCAGACGGAGGGACAGGUUUGACCAGUACGAGUCUUACGACUCGCGCUCCUCUGCCCUUGGCCCACGUGAUCUCUACAGUUCCGGUAACUAUGGUUAUGGUGACUCCCGGGGCGACGUGAUGGCCCAGCGUGGAGGUAUGGGCUUCGGGGCGAUGGGAGGAGCAGGAGGGGGUGGCGGCUUUGACGGACUCUCCUCGUAUGGACCUGCCCAAAUGCGGCAGGUUCGAGAUGCCUUCUCAGGCUCCAGCUGGGGGGCGGGGCAGAUAUCUCCGCAGAGGGGCGGGGCACAAGGAGGGCACGGCUUUGGCCGUUGGCAAGAUUCCUCCUCUGUGGGGGGUGGAGGUGGGCGGAACGGAGGGCAAGGCCCCUCCCCCUCAGGACGUGGCAAGCUGCCGUCGCUCCUGGCCCACCGCAUGUACCCCGAGAGUGGGGCGUACCAGCCCCAGCAUGGCUCCCAGGACUAUCCUGUCCGGCACUUUGGAGGGGGCCAAAGGGCCAACCGAAAACGCACCCGCAAGAGGCCCCUCAACCGACAGCAGCAGGUAAAACCUCAGCCAGAGGUGCAGAAGAAGAGGAAACAGAGUCUGACUGCAGCUGAUGAGCCGGAGUCUAAAAUGGGAAAGACAGAGUUGGCAGGAGAGGAUGCAGCCACCUGCGAGCCAUCUGAACAGAAGGUGGAAUGGAAGAAACCCUGCACUCCUGCCACGGUCACCACACAAGCAGCUGAAGAGAAAACCACUGGUUUGUCUAUUAAAGAGGAGAUCGCUCAGCUGAGAAUGAAGCUCCAGGACCGGCAGCUUCCCCGUUCUGCCGACACAGACUGCGAUGCUGCAGAUCAGGGAGUAAAGAAGGAAACUCUGAUUUCAGCCAUGGUAGACUCUGAGUGUCAGAUCUCCGAAGCUGAAGGAGAGUGUAGCACUCUGUCCAUUGAGGAGGAGUUGUCACAUUUGAAGGCCAAGCUGCAGAGUGAACAGACCCCGCUCACUGAUGAUAAACCUAAGAAAAGACGGGGCUUCUUUGAGAUGUCAGGGAUCAAGAUAACUGCUCGGAGGAUAUCCUUUGCAUGUUCCAUCUGCAAGUUCCGCUCAUUCUACAGCGAGGACAUGGUGAAACAUCUGGAGAGCAAGUUCCACAAAGAUCAUUUCAAGUUUCUAUCCAACGAGUUGUCCAAACACACCAUGGACUUCUUGCAGGAGUACCUGAAUAUUAAGCAUAAGAAGAUGGAGAAUACAUUGUGUCAAAUAACAAAUCACAGUGCUGCCAUCUGUCAGGUGUUGAAGGAGCAAGACCUGACCAGAGACAUCGGUAUGGAGCAUUUCAUGAGGAAGGUGGAAGCUGCUCACUGUGCUGCGUGUGACAUGUACAUCCCCAUGCAGUACAAUCUGAUCCAGAAACACCUCAGAUCACCCGACCACAACUACAACCGCAAGUAUAUGAUGGAGGAGUCCAAGAGGUCUGGUCUGUCUGUGGCCCGCAGUAUCCUCAACCACAAAAUCAUCCGCAAAAAACUGGAGAGCUACCUAAAGAAUGAAAACCCAUUCCCAGAUGACCAGGAAGAUCAGGACCCAGAGGACCCCUUGGCAACAGAAGACAUGCCAGAAGCUGGUCUGCCCAACGAGAGCCAGAAGCUGAAAACAGGAGAGACAGGGUCAGCAGGUGAUGGGGCAGAGCCAGCUGCAGAGGCUGUAGAAAAUGGAAAGGAGCUGGAACGCAACGAGGAGCACAAGCCUGAAGACGUGAAGGUGGAUGGUGGCGUGAAAGAGGAGGAACUGGUAGAAGAGGAAGAUGAAAAAGAGGGUGUGGAUCUGGGAGAGGAGGAGCUAGGAGAGGGGCUGGCUGACCUGUAGGGGACAGUAGUGAGCUCUCAGGGCUCUUCUCCACAGCUAAUGUCUCACUCGUGUCUUUAUAUAGAACCGUUGGACAGAGAAGUUCUGGUGGAGUUUCACAUUGGCUGAGGUCACGGGCAAGUGACCAAUGGGACGCUAUCUUUUAAAGUUGCUUGUUUUUUUUCUGACCAAGACCAGUUUUUCCAUUUGUUUUUUGUUUAAAGCUGGAAUUGUAGCCUGACGACUGACUUUAUACCAGUGUGUUUCCAGUUUCACGUUUUCCUUGCUUUAUGACUUUAGGAUUGUUCAUUUCUGAAUUCAAAUAAGAAAAUGCAAAUGUAUGCAGGAAACAUGCAAAUCACCAAUACUGAGCUCUGAGUAUUGAAUCUGGUGUCUUAUAACCACUGGUUGUUAAUUACACACAUCAUUACACAUUAUUCAUCUCACAGUUACUUUGGUAGGAUACUACAUUCUCUCCACCAUUCAGCCAUCUCUGUUCGGCCAAUCACGUGUUGUUACUUCACCCUCAUGAGUCCAUGUUGAUUGUCAUUCCUCUGUUUUAACCUAUCCCAUCUGUUUAGCUCCUGCCAUGAUCUAACACACCUUGCACUCAUUUCUCUCAUCCAGAUUAAUCUGGGACUAAGAAACAUUUCCCCUGAUGGUUCACCUCUGGCACUGCUUAGCGCUGUAACUGAAGUGUCCAGUAGGCUCAGAGGCGUCUGACGUUUUGUUAUAUAUCCAUUACCUUUGUGUCUUUGUUAGUGUUGUAUUCUUAUCAGGUAUUCCUUUUCCUUUGGUGUGAUGGGACUUAUCAACCCUUUGUCCCUCUUGAAGAGCUGCACCCUACCUGUGCUUGUGCUUGUAAUAUAUUGGCAGUAGAAUGAGAUUUGAUCGGUUGUCAUUACAGACAAAUAUUAGAUGAUUUUUAUAGUUUAGAAAGCCAUUGAUUUUGUGAAUUGCAAAGUGUUGGUAUGGUCUGGAAGGAGCGUGCAUGCAAGCAUUGUUGGAUCAGUGAUAAUGGAGGCCGCCAGUCUGAUAAUGGAGGCUAGGCAUGCAAGUUGUCACCUAUGGUACAGUCUGUACCACACUCUACUUUAACUGGACUGUACCUGUGGUUUUCAGGACCGUACAUGAGUGGUUUGCAGCAGAUGCUCACAGAGGGAUACAGCUAGCUGUAGUUAAUUUUCAGUGCUAAACAAAUCCUGUGUUGGAUCAAAGUGCAAGGACCAUAUGUUGCAAGCAUUUGAAAUAAGAUUUUUAACACAUUUCGUUGUACUUCUAGGGAUGGCAGAUAUUCUAUUAGAUUAAAUAGAAUUACAGAAUCUGACAAUGGGAAAUGUUUUUACUACGGUUUCCUCCUGUGACAUGAUGCUUGAUGAAGAUUUUAAUCUGUCGUGUUAUAUCCCAUACAAACAUGCAUCUGCACAUCUGCAUUUUUGGGUAAUAUCUGUUAAGGGGCCAUUCUCUUUCACAAAUAAAAAAUAUUUGAUAUACCAUUU